AUGAGAAGUGAUCUGGUGAGCCUGAAGAUCCCGGAGCAGUUCCGUCACGCCAUCUGGAAGGGCAUCCUGGACUACCGGCAGCUGCACGACUUCUCCUCCCCACCGCACCUCCUGCGCACGCCCAGCGGCGCCUCCACGGUCAGCGUGGGCUCCAGCGAGGCCCGGGGCGAGCGGGUGAUCGACGCCGUGCGCUUCACGCUCCGCCAGACAAUCUCCUUCCCUCCCCGCGACGAUUGGAACGACUUCAACUUCGACCUGGAUGCGCGCCGGAACAAGCAGCAGCGCAUCAAAGAGGAAGGGGAGUGA